ACACAACAUUCCUUCCCCCUCUCUCCCUAACCUCCUUGUUCCUAUUGAAUUUUAUUGUCUUUCCUCUUCUACCUCUGAUAAAGAGAAAGGGAAGUGAAGAGAAGAGACAAUGGAGCUCAUCAACAGCCGCAUCCUCCUCGUAAUCAUAUCCAUAUCUUCUCUCCUCUUCUCUUCCGGUCAAGGCUCAUCAGCCCCAAUCCCACAAGUGGAUGCGGCUCUUGAAAAAAUCUGCGCAAAAACUGAUAACCCUGUUCUUUGCUCCAGCACCAUCCUUCCUUUUGAACACGGUGCUGCCGACCCUAUCAGCGCGCUUCAGAUAGAGAUUAAAGCAUGCUUGAACCGCAUGCAACAGGCCCUCGCCCAGUUCAAGAAGCUGGGUGGCCUUUCCGCAUCAGAUAUGUCGACUGUCCAAGUAUGCCAAGAAGAAUACGAAUCCGCAGUUGAUGACCUCAACGGUGCUACUGAUGCGAUUGUCGCACACGAUGUCGGCACAAUACAAACCAGGCUUAGUGGAGUGAUUACCUAUUUGGGCACGUGUGAUGAUGCCGUCGCUGAGUCUCCGGGGUUCAAGUUGCCCUUCAAGGAUGAGGAUGUUGUUACAUUGCGUAAGCUGGCUAGCAAUUGCAUGGCCAUCUCGACGCUGCUCCAUUAGAAAAAUAAAAAUUAACCUUGAUUGCGGAGAUGGAAUACAUGGGAUGUACUAAUUAUUAAAUAAUUCAAACGUAUUGUCAUGAAUUCAAAAGAUUUUCGCCCUCAAUAUUAAAUAUAAUAACACUUUUUUUUUCACAAA